GUUGGCAGCGCGCUGACGUAGCGCUGUCAAUCGAUGCGACACGGUGACAGCUGUCAGUGUCAGUUUGAAUCGUCAGGCAUCCAGCGACAGUGCGAAUUACCAUCGAAAUGUCGUUUUCGGAGAAGAUCGCGACAUUGAUGGCCCGUCCAGGCCAGGACCCGGUUUCCAAAGACGACGUCCCAUGGUGGAUGAAGUACCUGGGAAGAGGAGUAGGAACUGUGGGCAGUUUCAUUGCGAUUUUAUUGGGUGUCUGGAACUGUGUUGCUAUUUUGGUUGGCAGCGCGACUGCCUUGAUCGCGGGCAUGUGGCAGAUCCUGGCAGCCUUCGGGGUGCUGUGCUGCGAGGCCCCCUGCUGUUGCAUGUUCGUGGACCACGUGCAGAGGCUGAGCGAGUGGGUGGACAAACGGCCUUAUUGGAACAGGGCUCUGGGAUAUGUGAUAAUAUCUAUUCCGCCGAUUAUUUUGAGUCCGGGCUUGGCGACGAUUUUCGGCAGCGGUCUAAUUUUCACCACUGGGGUGAUCUAUGGGAUGAUGGCGUUGGGGCGGAAGGCGUCUGCAGAGGAGAUGCGCCAAACGGCCGCCGCAGAUGCCGUCCCCGCCCCUGGUACAAACAGACCCAAUUCCUUGCACUCAAAUUUGGUUGCGAACGCUCAACCCAUCAGUUUUACUGGACCUCCGCUGUACGACAGCAACGUUUGAUUGGAUUUUUCCGUUAGUUCUAAGUGUCUUCUCCAAAAUUAAAACAACGUGAAACCAUCGGUGUAUGUAUUUCGUAUAAAAUGUAACAGUUAAGAUUGAUACUUCGACUUAUCGUCCUUAUUAAAAAGGUAUUUAUUUUGUAAAUCGUA